CCUAUCGUUCUUUUCAUUUCGCACAUCGAUAGAGAGGGGGGUCGAGAAAGUUAUGGCCGUUGUAGGCUCUCAUCCUCGUCCCGGAAGGGGAUGUUGGAUCCGGCCGGCGUAUUACGGAUGUGAAGGACUAUGCUUUGCUGAUCGUCGGUUGGGGGAGGUUUAUCUCCUUUAUGAGCUUCGACGUUCGUUCACUCUGGAGGUCGCUGUGGUUCUUGGUCGGAUCUGCUGCUGGUGUAAGUUUGAAAAUGUUCAUUCUGGAUUUGAGCUAUCGGAUCUGUGUUGCUUCUCCCUGUCUUGGCGAUGCUCGCUUUAGGGAUGGAACAUAGGCUGAUAAUAAAGAGAGAAAGAGAAGAGGUUGAAGUAUUGAUAGGAAAGUGGAUGAUCUUCCCACAAAGAAAAUCCUGGCCAGGUAGAAGAUUUAAUACUCCUUAUUUUAUGGAGAUGUGUGUACGCAUGCCUCAACAUAAACUCAAGAUAGACAGGCUGGCUGAAAUGUUGAAGAUGCUCAAUGUUCCAUCAAUAUUUCCCUUUUUACUGUUUAAUUCUACCGUAUAUGAUGUAUAUCUUUCAACUUUAUACUGUAGAUCAUGUAUAACUUUUUACUUUUUGGCAAUGGCUAAUUGUGAAU